AUGGUUGUUAAUCGCAACACGUUCCGAUAUUCGGAUUUCAAAUGCAACCUCUCCGGUGCCUGCAUACGAUUCCCAGGAAUAAACGCAUAUGUGCGUAUCGGAGAAAAGUUAGGCUGUGGAGCCUACGGAGAUGUCUUUAGGGGCUACAGGGUAGACGAUGGAGCCGAUGUGACCACGACAUUAUGUGACGCUAAGGCACAGGGCAAACGACGAAAUGUUGAAGGAAGUGCGCGGAGCACAGCGUCCUCCGAAACAUCAUGUACCGGAGUAGAUGAUACAAGUGGCGUUACAGCAAGCUCUAUUGGACUUUGCUGUGGUCAAACAGAUCGUUCAAAAACCGGAGAGGCCUCUCAGGACGUGCAUGUAUCGACAGUUCCUGACUAUGCCGUCAAAUAUUUCAAAGAUGAUAUUAUACAUAUAAUGGAAGAAGGAUUCACCUCAGGCACUCUACGUGAACUCAGCAUCAUGAAGAGUUGCAACGACCAUCCCAAUAUCGUGAAACUGGUGGACGUAUACGUGGGAUCGCAUCCUGAUAUUGUAGAUGCACUAAAUAGCCAGUUGGGUGAUGCGCUGAAAUCAAGCGGUACUGAUGUUGCUGGACGUAAGGACCUACAGUUCUACCCUUUCAAAAAAUCACAAAUAUUCAUGUUCGCUCUAUAUGAAUAUUGUAAAGGGGGUGACCUAGGUCGUGCUAUAUGGCGUACAUACAGUAAAUCCAAAUCUGGUUAUACGCUUGAUGAAGUCAAGUGGUAUGCCUUUCAGUUGCUCAAUGGAUUGGCAUAUCUCCACACAUCAAAGAUUGAACAUCGGGACCUAAAACCCAACAACAUCAUGUUGGCUGACAAUGAACGACGAACGGUGCUUAAGAUUGGAGACUGGGGGAUGGGCCGCGAGUUCCGAAAUCUGGAUGGCACAAUCACCCCAACGGCAUGUACGUUGUUCUACAGACCUAUCGAAGUCAUACUGGGUCCCAUGCUCAUACCACCUGCCGAUGCCGAUACACCCAUAGGAUCGACGACGGCACACAAACAUAAUUAUGGAAUCAAUGCCGAUAAUUGGAGCGCUGCUUGUAUCAUCGCCGAAAUGGCGACUGGACAGCCGCUGUUUCAUGGCAACUCUGAUUUCCAAGUGUUAACUCGUAUAGUAACUACACUCGGUAGACCAACCGAGGAAGAAUGGAGAAACUGCUCACAUUCUGAACAUUAUCCGUUCAACGGGAGUCUGUACAAUGUGCAGGUCGCCGAUAAAAAAGAACGUCUACGUGCUGUGCUGCGGGGACGAAUGGAUGAUCUAGGACUAGAUCUUCUGCUAUCACUAUUGCAAUACAACCCUCAUAAGAGGCUAAGUGCUCUAGAAGCGCUCUCACACCCUUGGUUCCACGAUGUGGACUUCCGGCGCCUGGACGCUCUAGGGGUGCGCAACUGCCUUACGAACGCGCUAAUGGGCCGAUUCGGUGCUGGAGCUGUUCGCAACCUGGAAGCUCUGUCAAACGGUAUCACAUCUACAUCGCUCCUUUCGCACCUGCUUUUCGUCGGCGCCGACGCGAAAAACCAGGUGAUGGACGCAAUAGACCGUGACUAUGCACACGUGAGCUCGUCGCUGAGACAGUGUUCUUUACCAGUGGUGAUCCAGUAUAAUGGAUCUACACAUGGGACGAACUAG